GCAUGCGCAGGGUGGAUGGGGAUGCUGCAUGCUGGAGCUGAGAGCUGCAAGACUGAGGUGGACCGCCUGCCCUUGUUGCAGCGCCUCUUUCUCAGCUGCAACAACAUCACCAGUUUUGACCAGCUAGCCUGCCUUGGAGAGUCGUGCUCCCUUUCUGAGCUCACGCUGGAUGGGAAUCCUGUAGCCCUGGAGACAUGGUACAAGCAGGCCGUCCUGCGCUGUGUGCUUCAUCUCAGACAGCUGGACAUGAAGCGCAUCACAGACGAGGAUCGGCGCAUGGCAGGUGUACAGGCUCGAAAAGAGGAGGAAAAGAAGAAGGAGAGUCACAAGCAGACCAUUCAUAAGGAGAAGCGGCGUCUAGCAAUCCGUAAUGCUGCACAGCAGUGGGAGGGUGUCAGGGCCUGCCUGGAGCUCCCAUCCACAAAUGGCGCUAAAGAAGAAGUCAGUCCAGAGAACAGCCCGGCUCACAGCCCCGCCCAGACCAAUGGCCUUACACAGGAACCUUCCCCUGAUGAACCGAGGCGGGUAAGCCCAGGUUCAGGACCAGAGCGGCCAUCUGGGGGAACAGAAAUCAGACUCCAGACCAACAGCCGUCCAAACAGCCCACGAGACUCCAAGCUUGUGGAGGCAGGGAGUGGCAGUGUUCAAAGCUUGUCCUUGUCUGACAGUCACCUGGCAGAGCUGGAUGGAGACACCCUGCGUUUAUUUGGACUUGGAGCCCUGGAGGCCCUGGAGAGGGGCUGGGGUGUUCAGACUGCUGGUGCUGUCACUGUAAUAACCUUCCGCUACAUCAACUUUGAUGCCAUAGUACCAACACUGCCACGAAUAAGAGUCAAGUUCCCAAAUCUGUCGCAUAUGAUCUUCCUGGAAACCAACAUCAGCCGUCUGCCGCAGCUGGCAGCCCUGGCUCAGGUGAGGCGCCUAGACCAGCUGACCAUACACCCAGAUGGCAACCCAGUGGUCAGUUUGACUCUUUGGCGCUCCUUUGUCAUCUAUCGUCUUCACCACUUCAACCUGCAGAGGAUCAAUGGCCAGGAGGUGACCAUGAACGAUGUUAUCGCUGCAGAACGUGUAUUUGGAACACUGGGCCAUAUAGCAGCCACCGAAACUCCACGUUGCCGUCUCCUUCUGCUGCUUGAGGAGUCCAGGAAGCGGCAGCUGCAGUUCCUGUUGGAGGGGCGUGGCCGGCGGGCAGGACUCAGUCCAGAGGAGCUGCGUGAUAAUGGGAAACUCCUGGGAGAAGGCCUGAGCAGAGCGUUGUUUAACUAUCCAAGCAGAGACUGCAGUGCAGAGAGCCCUGAGGAGGGCAGUGUGGAGUCGUCAGAGCGUGCUACUAUGGUAGAGCAGUACCUACAGGAGUUGGUCCAAAGUGCAUCAGACACCAACCUGAAGGGCGAGGCUUUACACAAGCUCUGGCCUUCCAUGUUUGCAGAGAUGGUGAGAGACUGUGUCUUGGAGAUGAGGGACCGAGCGGCCUUCCGCCAAGCCAGCCUGGCAAAGCUCUCUGAGACCAAGUGAAAAGGACCAAAGGUUCACUGUUAGGCAACAUACAUGCACACGUGGACAGAGCUUUCUUGGGCAUCUUCGUCCUUUAAUUUCAAAAUGGAUAACACAUAAUCACUUUAUCAGUUUUAAUGCAUUUGGAAACACAAGGGUGUAUUUCCUUAGUCUGUUGGAAGCUUCUGCUUGAAAUGUACGUAGACUAUUUUAUAGAUGUCUGAAGAAAUUGUCUGAAUGUAGAUUUUUCACUAAAAACCCACAGUUUUAUUCUUCAGAGCUUGAAGGUAAAUAAUACUUGAAGAAUGUUAAAGAGACUUAGUGACUCAAUGUGCAUUGUUGCCCCUAGGGAGCAUUGUCUGCACUUUAAACGCCAUCUGAAUGACCCCUCUACACCAUUAAUAUCAUCAGCUGAAAAUGACCAGUGUCUCUUUUCUUGAGACUAGAAUGAUUUUUCUGUCUUAAAGCCUGUCUCAUCCAUUGCUCUCUCAUUUCUUCCUGCGGGACAUAAAUGCAAGGGCACAAACAAGGACAAGGUCUUUUCUUUGUUUACCACUGAUUUUCUGUAUUGUACUUAGUAUUAAACAAUUCUGCAUUAACACUGA